UGACCCUUCCCUACUUCCGUACAAUGAACCCGGAGAGGAGUGCGUUUUGCUUUGACGGGUAAAACUCGGAUACAUUUUUUUUUUACGUUUAAAGAAAUGACUAGCAUCACUCCGUCACAACCAGUAAAUCACACCUAACGACAGAGAGACUUGUUCAACAACACCAGUCAAUGUUUUUGACGACGCCAUUGAAUACCGUCGUUGUGGGAAAUGACCGGGGCGGUAGUGCAUUUCCAGCGGUCGUGUUAAAAUUCCAAACUUUUACGGUCAGUGAUGCGUUUUAACGAGAAGGAGAUGGUGCGCUUGAGCCGACAGCCGUCAGAAAUGGUCGCCGAACUGGGCAUGCGAGGACCAAAGAAAGGAGAUGUUGUCAAGAGGAGGCUAGUGAAACUCGUUGUUAACUUCCUCUUCUAUUUUAAGACUGAUGAGGAAGAACCUAUUGGAGCUCUGCUGUUGGAGCAGUGUCGGGUGGAGAAGGAGGACAGCCUAACCUUCUCCAUUGCCUUUCUGGAAGACGCGGAGAGGAAAUACCUUUUUGAGUGUGACACUGAGGAGCAGUGUGGGAAGUGGAUGGACUCCAUCGUCGGUGCUAGCUAUGAGUUCAUGAGGCAGAAUCUGAUAUUCUACAGAACUGAGAUCCACAGGCUCACAGGAAAAGAUCCAUUGGAGCAGUACGGCAUAUCAGACGAAGCCCGCUUUCAAGUUACUAAUGGCCUACAACUUGCACCCGGAGAUGCCUCAUCAAUGUAGACCACCAUUGUGUCUGUUGUUAUUUUUAUUUUAAUUUUUCAGUUCAUCUUGCCACUCCAACAGCACCAUCAGCCUGAACUGCAAAACAAAGGCAUUACUGUAAGCACUUAAAAGUGUCUUCACACUUUUUUUUUUCAAUUUUUAAUUUUUUUCCCACCAGUUGAAAAUUGAACAUAGGAUUUAAACAGUGUUUAAGUCUCGCUUGCUCGGGCCAUCAGAUCUGAGUUUAGGUUCUCAGUGCCAGUUUCUGUCAUCACAAGGUUUUUUCUUUUUCAUUUUAUCGUUAAUAUUCCGUGAUUUUUAAAUAAUGUGGAUGUUGUGAGUCUCCCGGCAAUAUUUGACUCCCGAAUGCGAGAAUCAGUCAGGACAAUAGGAACAAUGCAUGCAGCGCAACAUUUUAGAUAAAUGGCUUGGUUAAACUAAGAUUUACCAAUGGGAUUUAAACUGCUGAGUUGAGCCACAAUUUAAACAUAUAUUGUAUAUAUUAGCUAGGGAAAAUGUAUUUUUUUUUUCUCCUUGAGUUUUUUUUUUUUAAUUUUGUCUUUUCUAAACUACUUGGCUUGUUAAGUUACUUUUGCACAUUCUACUGUACUUUACUUGGUCUAGAGAGUUUAUGUUUCUAGAAUGUACUUGAAUUAACUUUUAAUUUUCUAUUGCACUGUUAUUCACAUUUCUUUGGUUAAGGUGGACCAUGGUAUGGUUUUUGACUUCCUCUUGGUUUUGUAUGUCGCUACAGUGCUGAACCAUGUUCCAUGUCAACACAAUUCUAUAGUUUGCAAUAUGGUCAAUAUUCCAUACACAUCUGUUUUAUGAGUGUACAGUAUGCUUCACAUGCUUUCCCAGUGUUGUUUUCUUCAUUUUGAGAGAGUAUUUGUUCAACUGUAUUUUUUUUAAAAUAAAAGAUUUUUUUUUUU